AUGAAUGCCGGGCUUGAUGAGCAGAAUGACUACUUUAUGAGCAUAAAAUGCCACGAGCGGCCUAUCAUAGAAAUCAGGUUCAAUCACGACGCAGAUCUUAUCUACACAGCAGGCAAGGAUUCAAUUUCCACUCUUCUUCGCACAAAUGGAGCAGUGCUUGGCGUGUAUAAGGAGCACAAAGGAUCAAUCUUUUCGAUUGCUAUGGAUAUCAAAAGCACAUCUCUGAUGACAGGGAGCGCAGACCAAACGAUCAUACUUUGGGAUGUUGUGACAGGAAAGGUCAGGUGCCAGGCAUCUGUGGAUGUGGUUGUCAAGGCGCUUGAUUUCUGUAAUGAUGGGAAUGUGUGCUUCAUGUGCAAUGACGACAUUAUGGGAGUAAGACCGCAGAUAUCAUCAUUCGAUGUGAGAGAAGGCGUUGCAAAUAAGGUGUUUGCACCAUCAUCUGUUCCAGGCAAAAUAUUGCUUGAUUCGUCAGAGAAUAUAAUAGUGUACUCGGACACAUCAGGAUAUGUCAGUGCUGUCGAUCUUCGAAAGGCUGAAAUUGUCAAAAAGUCGAAGAUACACUCAUCAAAAAUAAACGGAAUGCGGGCAAGCAGAUGCAGGAGCUUCUUUAUCACAGCAUCGAUGGAUUCGCAAUCGAAAAUAGUUGACUUUAUUGAUUUGUCUGUCCAGAAAUCAUUUGCAUGCGAAGAGCCCGUGAAUUGCGCUGUCGUUUUCAAUACAAACGAUAAGGCCAUCUGUGUCGGAGGCAUCAAUGCAAGAGACGUCACCAUAACAAAGGGAAAGUCCUCGUUUGACACAAACUUCUUCGAUGUAGUUACCUGCGAAAAGAUCGGAUCGUAUAGCACACACUUCGGAACAAUAAACUCCGUAGAUGUUCAUCCAGGCGGAACAAUGUACUGCUCGGGAGGAGAAGAGGGAACCAUUUCCAUCUUGGCAUUUGCCCAGGACUUCUUCAAGGCAAACUUUACCUGCUUUGAUUAA